CGCCAACACCAGGAACCCAUCUGAAUCAGCUCGCUUUACCGGUUCCCUUUGGGCUGUCAAAUUACAAUCUCUCAAGUUCAUUUACAUCAAAAUAAGAUCGCAUAGCUGAAUGACAGCGGCGGUGUUGCUUCUAUAGCACCGUUUUAUCGUCGUUUCCCGCAGCUGAUGCAAGUCAAAAUGACAGCCGGAUUGUGGUUCUUUUGACUAAGCUGUGUGUUAGCAUGGAGAAGCCGUGGAGGCUGUGGGGCGCAGUGGAGCGUUGUACCCUAACUUUUGUCUCCUGGUCCUGGGGCGCCUGCCGUGUCUCCCUGCUGGCUCUCAUCCUCACUUUCCACCUCUACGGAGGUUUUAUCCUCCUGGCUCUCAUCAUUGCUUCCAUGGCGGGCAUCCUCUACAAAUUCCAAGACGUCCUCCUCUACUUCCCCGACCAGCCGUCAUCUUCUCGCCUCUACGUCCCCAUGCCGACAGGAAUUCCUCACGAGAACGUGUACAUUCGCACUAAAGAUGGUGUGAAGCUCAACUUGAUUCUGCUUCGCUAUACAGGAGGGGACGGGCCCCCCGGGGUCACUCCUGCCAGUCAGAGCGGCAGCCCCACCUCCUCAACUCCGCCCACUAUUCUUUACUUCCAUGGCAACGCGGGCAAUAUUGGUCACAGGGUGCCCAAUGCUUUGCUAAUGCUUGUCAACCUGAAAGCCAACGUUGUGCUUGUGGACUACCGUGGCUACGGUAAGAGUGACGGCGAGCCCAGCGAGGAAGGCCUCUACCUGGACGCCGAGGCGACCCUAGACUAUGUGAUGACCCGGCCAGAUUUGGACAAGACCAAAGUGAUACUCUUUGGCCGCUCACUAGGGGGCGCCGUGGUCAUCCGCUUAGCGUCGGCCAACCCUCACCGCGUGGCCGCCAUUAUCGUAGAGAACACCUUCCUCAGCAUCCCGCACAUGGCGGCGACGCUCUUUUCCUUCCUGCCCAUGCGGCUGCUGCCCGUGUGGUGCUACAGGAACCAGUUCCUGUCCUAUCGGCAGGUGGCGCUGUGCCGCAUGCCCUCCUUGUUUGUUUCGGGCCUGUCGGACCAGCUCAUCCCGCCGGUCAUGAUGAAGCAACUGUACGAGCUGUCACCCUCGCGGACUAAACGCCUGGCCAUCUUUCCUGAGGGCACGCACAACGACACGUGGCAGUGCCAGGGCUACUUUGCUGCGCUCGAGCAGUUCAUCAAAGACUUGCUCAAAAGCCACGCUCACGAGGAGAGCGUGCAGACCUCUGCCAGUGUCACCAUCAUCUGAGUGACAACCUUUUCACUUUUAUUGGACUGUUGAGUGAAUAAGAACGCAACGUGAUCAGGGAGUGAGCGUUGCUCUCGCUCUUUUUGUCCUUUUUAAGCCAGCCAUGAAUGCAUGCGUUUGUAAUUCUGAGGUCAGAGGUCAUCCACGCUGACAGAGCCUGAAAGAUUACAGAAAUGUGUUCCGGCUGCUGACGUCAGUGUGUUGGCCAUGUCAGGAUUUGUGCUACAGCAAAGACGCUAAAGGGGCACUCUGACAAUCCCCUCAAGACCUCUCAGUCUGACCUUUGACCUCUGACCUGUAUUGUAACACAAUACAGCCUGCACAUUCAUGUAAAUACACUUGUUUGAUUUCAUAAUCAGCAUAUGUUUCAUGGUCCCUAGUUAUUGCAGUCCAAUGCCAAAUCUAAUAAACGGAGUACAGGGGCCACACAUAAACUACUUUUUUCUUCUUGGGAAAAACCCUUUCAACUUUUUGCAAUCGUUUCAGUAAUAAUAGGACUUUCAGGAAAACAAUGGCCUUUUUCUAGUACCAUUAUUAAAUAUGACAUUGACUUUUUUUUCCUGAAAAAAUGCAACAUUAUGACUUUAUCCUUGAUAAAAUCAGAGUUUAUGGCAAUGUUUUAUGUCAGCUUUCCUGAAAAAAUAUGCCUUUUGACGUUGUUCCCUUUUUAGAAAAUGACUUGUUUAUAUCUUGGAGUAUAUUCUUAUGAAAUGAUGAUUUGUGGAGAUUAAAAAUUGCUGUAACAUGAUCUUUUUUCAUUUUUCACAGAAAUAGUAUCCUCACAACAUCAAUUUUUGUAGAUAACAAUAUGACUUUAUGUUACAGCCGUUCUUUCGUACUCAACAUUGCCUUCCCCACCUGAAAAAUAUGACAGUUUCAAAAUAAGGACUUUCUCUCUUUUUUGUUUUUGUCAUAUAACCACAGAAAAUAACUCAAAAGUAAAAAUAUGAUCUUAUUUCCAUAAAAUUGCAAUUCUUUUUCCUAAAUUUAGCUUGGGUGUUCCCCUGUACUCCUCCAUAAGGGCUUUCCAUUCAUCCAAAACAUGAUGAUCAAUCUGAAUAGCAACAGGAAGCCCUGCUGUAGGAUUCAAGGAUGUCCUACAAGAAUCUAAUCUCUAUAGUUAAUAUUUAUCAUAUUAGUUGGCAUUGUCUUGACUAGAAUUGUCUUUUAGGCCAUGUUUCACCCGCCCACGAUGUGCCAAAAUGGCUGUAAUGAGCUAAUUAACCUUCCCUGAAUGUCUUCCAAGGGUGUCCAGCAGACGUUUGAGGAUUUAAAAAAAACAAAACACCAUUGCCUGCUUUCACUUUAAGAAAUGGACAACACUCAAGCGCAGAGAUGUCCAAGCCAUUCAAUGUACAAGAGAGCUCUUCAGCCAUAUUUGGGAUAACGUUAGGAAAGAGAACAAGAGCUACUAUGAAUGUCAAACGUGUUCUCAUGUAGCUGUGCUCUAUUUAUUUAUUCAUCAUUUAGCCCUCCUGACAUAUACGUUGGCAUUGCGCUUCCUCAUUCUCGGUUGCCAUGGUUACUCUGGUGUCCCAAAAUGAAUCACAGGGCUUCUAUCCGAGUCUAAUGUGUGCUGCAAUACCACUUUGAAUGUGUUUGUUUUUAUAAAGAACUAAUGUAUGUGCUAUAAGGGAUGAUGGAGCUGUGAAUAGAGUGAAUGUGUGUGUGUGUGUGUGAAUGUGUGUGUGUGUGUGUGUGUGUGUGUGCGUGUGUGUGUUGCUUUGGGAAGCAGGCAUGUGAUUGUGUUGAGCAGAUGAUUGUGUAACUUGCACAGUGUUGACCUUUUUGUAUAUGGAUCACGACUACACACAUUGGAAUGAUAUUUCUUCAUCCUUAGCAUGAAGAUGUCCCGUUCACCCCCCCCCCCCCCCCCCUCAUUUUGGGAUGUGUUUUUUUUCCUACUGCUUUUGUAAGCACACAUUUCCACUUUGUGUAUUCUGUGCUUGAACAUGCAAUAAAAUUGAUACAGGAAACGUUGCGACACUCUGAAAUGAAUACAAAUCAAACAAAAGUUUUGGACAGUUUCUGCCACUUCGCUUUUUAAUUUCAAAGAAACUUGACAAUGUCAUGUUUCACUUUGUUACUUCCUUAUUUGAUUCACUUCUCUCAUACUGUAUAAUAUUACAGGCUGUAGUACAAUGCCAGAGGUGGGAGAAGGUCCGUGUUUUUGCAAGAUUCAAGCCUUUAAUCUCCUUUAAGCACCGUUUUUGAAUUGCACCCAUAUACUAUGUAUUCAAUGUGGCACAUUCUGUGGGGAAUACUUGGGGAUACAUUUUACUAAACAUAUCAUGGAAAAUCACAAGUAUUUGGAAGUCUUCACACUAAAAUCCGAGUCGAGUCCUGAGUCAUUGAUGUCAGAGUCCAAGUCGAGUCUAAAGUCAUUAAUAUUGGGAGUAAGUCCACACCUCUGAAGUCAGAUGAAGAAUAGAAUAGUGCUGUUUGUCACUGUUGUUAUUAUGGGAAUUCUUGUUGCUGCUGUUUUUGUCUCUCUCUGUACUCCCCCCCAACCCCACCUUUCUCUUCUUCUUUUCUGUUUUUCUUCUUGCUCCGGUCCGGGCGCUCCAAAUGCGCAUAACAAAAACAUCAAAUAACGGCAAAUAAAAUUUCAUGGUCCAGGGAAGUUGUAGC